AUGACGCUGGCUACCAACCGCGGGCUAAUGUCCGUGAGGCCAGUCGAGGCGUGCAGCACUGGCGCGGGGGGUUGCGUGCUUCCAGACACCUCCAACGACAUCGAGGGCGCUCCGCCCAGCACCAUCCGCCCGCGCAUCUGCGCGCAGUCCGACGGCACGCUCUGGCAGUUCAUGCUGGUCCGCCAGCUCAUGGCGUCGGAGGGCGCGCCGGCCUCGGCGGGGCAGCGGCUGGGCCUCAGGGGCCGCCCACCUGGCAAUCUCGUGGCCUUCGGCAACAUGACCGCUGGGGGCGCAGCUCGCAGGAGCUCCGCCGCCAACGGCGGCUCCUCGGACGGCGCGGCGAAUGCCGAGAGCUCCAGCGCGGCUCGGGGGAAAACCUUGGCAUCGCUCGGACGUGUGCCUUUUUCCUCUGCAGGGACCAUCGAGGAGCAUGCGUGUUCACCUUGCGAAUCAAUACACGGUUCUCCCACGGGGGAGGUCCGAAAUGGCUCGUCUUGGAGGGUCCAGACCCCCUCCCUUUUAUUACGAAAUCUGGAGUACACAUGUUUGUUCUUCUGCAAGGGCUCCCUCGAGGGCGCGAAGUUAUUCGCGCUUCGCGGUCUUCGUUCCUUCUCCCCCUCCUCCUCGUCCUCCUAUUCUCCCUUUGGGAGGGCGGCGCGAGAGCGCGAAGUUAUUCGCGCUUCGCGCAGCGCGAAGCGCGAAGUUGGGAGCCCUAGUUCUGGAGGCCGCAUUCGUGGCGGCGGCGCUGACCAGCAGCACUCCCGCGCCAGCCCUAUCCGAGAGGCUCCGCCAGCAGACUCCCGAGGCCUCCGAGGCGGCGAGCUGGUUGGCCAGCGCCCCAGGCGCCGGGGCGCCUCCGGCGAUCCUGGCGGCGGCGCUGCUCGGCGGCGGCGCGGGCCACGGGGCAUCGGACGCCACGGCCAGGCUGGCGGCGGCGCUGGUCGCCCGCGAGGGGCCAAGUCGGGGGCACCGCAGUGGGCGG